UUAAGUAAAACCAUUGGAGUGGGUAAUUGUUGAAAGAGUGUUGAAUUGAAGAGAGAAGAUGAUGUGGAGUGUUGAGAAGAGAAAAAGUGAGAUAGAAAAAAAGUAAACAAAAUAUUUUUUUUGCUUAACCAUUGGAUAUGGUCUCAAUACAUCAUCUGUCUACAAAAGGUGAAGUGCAGUCUGUAAUCUUGGCUUGCCCGUUGUCAUUGCUUUUAUUGUCUGAAGACUACAUACAUUGGGUGUUCUUGCCCGUUGCUAAUCGUACCUUUCAGUCUCAGUCUGUCACCUAGCUCAGUUUCUAGCUCACUUAGCUACCUCUUCACUUUAAUUUGCUCUUCCUUUCUUUCCCAAAUACUACACAUUCUCUAUCUGGCUCUUUCUCCUCUUUUCUGGUUGAUUUAGAAUUCGCAACCCGAUUCCCCCCCUCCCCCCACAAUUUCAGUUUUUUAAGUUCUGAAUUUUAUGUUCCGAAUUAAUUCGGGAUUUAAAUUCCUGGACGUGCAAAAUACAAUACAAUAAAACACUCCACUUUUAAGUGAGAAAAUGCUUUGGAAACUCAAUUAAUUCGGAAUCAGAACUUAAAAAACUGAAAUUAUGGGGUGUAAAAUCUAAUAGGUGGGGUGCGAAUUCUAAAUCCCUUUUCGGAAUCCCUUGCUCUUUCAUUGUUCAUGGGUAGCACAACAAGUAACAAAGGCAGCGGUUGCUACUGCUACAUUCAGGACGAGAACACAAGCCUUACACGGGCUAAUCUCCCCUAUUUUGCCAUGAGGGAACAUGGUGGGAAUCAUAUCUCCCUUGCAGUAGGUCAAUCAGUUCCAGGGCCUCCAGCCUUCAAUGGAGAAGACUAUGAGUAUUGGAAGGCAAGAAUGCGACUCUUUUUUGAGUCCACAUGCUUUGAUAUGUGGGACAUCAUUGAAAGUGGAUACCUUGUUCCAAGAGAAGGUGGUGUUGAUGUUCCAAAGGCCUCCUGGUCUCCUGAGCAGAAAUAUCAGGCGUCGCUGAAUGCUAAGGCCAAGUACUACCUGGCUUGUGCCCUGAGCAAAUCAGAGUUCAACAAGAUUUCUGAUUGCUCAACAGCCAAGGACAUGUGGGACACCUUAGCCAUUGUUCAUGAAGACACCAAAGAUGUCAAAGAAGCAAAGUUAAGCAUAAUGACUUGUCGAUAUGAGAUGUUCAAGAUGGAAUCACAUGAGUCCAUUGAUCAGAUGUUUGGAAGAUUUCAAACAAUCACUAAUCGUCUUAAAUCACUUGGAAAGACCAUUCCAUCUUCUCACCAAGUGUGGAAGAUCUUGAGGAGUCUUCCAAAGCAAUGGAGACCCUUGGUGACUGCCAUUCAAGUAGCCAAGGACAUGGCCACAAUGAAUCUUUAUGAGCUUAUAGGUCACUUGAAAGCUUAUGAGCUUGAAUUGUGUGAAAAAGAUGCUGCGUUUAGAAAAGGAAAGAACAUUGCUCUGUGAAGGAAGCUUUAAAAGAGAUAUAAAAGAGAAAAAAUGCCAUUUCCAGCACCUGGCCAAUUGCAUAAAGGGACUUUGUGGCCGAGGAGCAUAUCUCUACUGUGGUUUGGCUGGCUGACGUUUUGUUUUGUUGUUAUUUACUUUUGUGUUUAUUUGGAUUCUGUUAUUUUAGUUAGGACCUAUCAUGAUAGGAUUUCUAUUUUAUGAUAGUUGGUAGUGGAUUUGUUUCCACCCAAUUAGCUUCAUAUGGAUUUAUUUUGAUAGCCUUUUAGGAUCAUAUAAGGCUGAAUACUUGAUGAUUAUGGUACGCUGAUCUUGAUCACUUUUGUGACAAAUGCUUAGAUUAUGCU